CAUACACCCAAUAAUACACUUCCAUCUGCGCAUCAUCAUCAGUAAUUGCCAUCUCGGCCCUCAAUCACUGUCCUAUAGUUUCUCUGUCUAGCUGACCACGCUGGAGCUCUACCUCCAGAAGGAAGUAAGAGAUAUCGACCGCGUCAAGCGCUUGCAGCUCCGGUCCUUCAAGCUGACCUCCGGGGGUCUUUUCUGUCCUGUCUUACUCUACAAAGGCUGUCAGUAGCUUCAUGCGUCAGGUUGUUUGCUAGUAAACAUGUCGCUUGGGCCCGGUGUGUGGCGUCCGGCCAUACGACGAGGAUGCAAACCUUGCUCUUCUAUCAGACUUAUAAUCGUUGCCCGGCGAGGUUAUGCAUCCACCACGGAAUCAAUACCGGAGAUAUACGAUGUAGUAUGUGUUGGUGGAGGACCAGCUGGUCUGAGUCUAUUGUCUGGUCUACGCGCGACAAAGGCAACUUCUGGACUUCGGAUAGCCUUGAUAGAGUCCCAAGACCUUCAGAAGUCUGUGUUCAAGAGGGAUUCGCAAAAUGAGUUUUCGAACCGAUGUAGCUCACUUACCCCGGCGUCUGUCUCAUACUUCAAAAAAAUCGGAGCAUGGGCACAUUUCGACACGUCUCGCAUUCAACCUUACCAAGAAAUGCAAGUAUGGGACGGUAUCAGCGAUUCUCGCAUCUCGUUUGACUGGGGAAACCUUCAACGCUCUCCAAACCCACACUCCACAAUCGCCUACAUGACCGAAAACCUCAACAUCACAAAUGCCCUCAGAUCACACCUCUCCUCCCUCGGCGGCAUCGACAUCUUCUCCCCGGCCAAAGUCGACGCCAUCAACUUCGGUCCUGAGACAGAGGACACAGAUCUCAGCGCCUGGCCCACCGUCACCCUCAGCACAGGCCAAACCAUCGCAGCCCGCCUCCUUGUCGGCGCCGACGGUGCAAACUCUCCCGUACGUACCUUCGCCGGUAUCGAAAGCCGCGGCUGGGACUACGGCCGCCACGGUGUCGUCGCCACGCUCCGUCUCCAAGGCCCGGGUUGGGGCGGCAACACUCACAAAAUCGCAUACCAGCGCUUCCUCCCCACAGGGCCCAUCGCCAUGCUCCCUCUCCCAGGCAACAUGGCAAGCCUCGUAUGGAGCACGACGCCCGAGCGCGCGUCACGGCUCAAGUCCCUGUCUCCCACCGACUUUGUCGCCAUGGUCAACGCCGCGUUCAGACUCUCGGCCGUCGAUCUGUCGUGGUUGCACGACCUACCAUCAGGACAGGACGCCGAGGUACAGUGGCGCGAAGCGAACACGCCCGUCAAAGAACGUGCUAUUCCCAUGCGCGUCACAUCCGUGCAAGAGGGCACCGUGGCAAGUUUCCCGCUCAAGAUGCGCCACGCUGACACGUACACGGGCGAGCGCGUCGCGCUGGUCGGCGAUGCCGCCCACACGAUCCAUCCGCUUGCCGGGCAGGGCUUGAAUCAGGGCCAGGCGGAUGUCGCGGCGCUGUUGGAUACGAUUGAGACGGCGGUCGUGCAUGGGCAGGAUAUUGGGUCGACGAUCUCGCUUGAGGCGUAUAAUGCGGCGAGGUAUGCGGAGAACAACGCGUUGCUGGGCGUGGUGGAUAAGUUGCAUAUGCUGUAUAGUGUGGAGUCGGGUCCGAUUGUCGGUCUGAGGAGUUUGGGCUUGAGUGCGGUUAAUGCGAUGGGGCCUGUGAAGGAGUUCUUCAUGAGGAGGGCGGCGGGCGCGUGAGAGUUGGAUUGUAGGGCAUAUGUAUUAUAAUCUCUGGGAGGUCGAUGUAUCGAAUAGAGACACAUAAUGCUGGACGCAGCUACUUGACUUCAAACUUUCCCUCCUCGACCG